AUGCCUUCCAAGGGGCAGUUGUCACGGGGGAGGAGACGGCCGAAGACUCGGGCGUUGCGGGCGGCGCGCCGCAAGCAGAGCAGUUGUCAGGCGGGGAACCAAGAGAAGAACACGGAGAUGGUGUCGUCCACUAGCGGCAGUGCCCCCGAGGACCAGGCCAUCAUGGCGGACAGGCCUAAGCCGGGCCCGCGGGCGUUUCUGUGCGGCAUCCAGGCCUGCUACUCUCUGGUGAAGGUGUGGGCCUGCAGACGCUCCCGGCUGCUCUUGUUUGGCGUCUGCGCCCUGCUCAUGCUGCUGUUCUACUGCUACCUGAGUGCCAGGUUCUCGAAUUCUGUGUCUCCAACUGAAAAUAUUCUGUGGAGCAAUGAAAAUGUUAAUGGACAACCUCUGGAAGAAACUGCUGCCUGGGAACCUCUGGAAGAAACUGCUGCCGGGGAAACUCUGUUAAGUUUUUUCUUUCCAACAACAUGCAUUGUACAGGAGAAUCAGGAGGUAAAGCCUUGCCGUCACCUGCAAGAUCUUAGCAAAAGUGAAUGUUUGAGAUACAAAUGCUGUUAUUCGUCAUCCAAGACCAGUAAAUUCAACUGUUUUGCCCCGCUACGAGACAAGCCUAUGCAGAUGUUCCGGAUGUUUGGGCUUGGUGUGAUCAGCAUUCUCAUCCUGGGAUGUCUGCCCAUUUGUUGCUACUUGCUUUGCCAGAGGAGCAUAUGGGCCAAUCCUUUACGAAGGAAAGUCAACAGAAUUUUAAAGGGUUUCAAGAACCGAAGACGCAAACCAAAGAGGGUUGCUGGAACAUUAGGGAAAGCAACAGAUGAGGAAGGGUUAGGUGAUGAAAAGGAGCAGGAGACCACAGGUAAUGACAAUAGCAUAUAA